AUGGCGGAAGCAAUUGAAAAGACUGAAAACGGAGACUACUUUGCGGCCAACCUCGUUAUAAGCUUCUUGAAGAGCCACUUUGAGUGGAAUGUAGAAGUGGAGAAAAACGUGCUGCCUGUCAGUAAAUUUACUAAAGGCGUGUGUCAAAGAUUAAUCAGCAGAGCGAUUAAAAUAUUACGUCAGAAGAUAUAUAAUGAUAUGAAGAACAUCCGUCUGCAGCCAUUACCUACGAAUCUAGUAAGAUGGAACGUCUCAGAGAAUAGCAUAUGCAAAUGCGGAAAGAUCGGAACACUGAAUCAUAUUCUUUCCAACUGUUCAUUAGCAUUGAACAGGUAUACAUGGAGACACAAUUUGGUCCUUAAGGUUAUCUUCAAUGCUAUAAAGAGCCAAAUUCAUCUCAACAACACUGAGAAAAAACCGUUGAAAGUACCAACUAGAGAUUUCGUUACCUUCGUGCGCUCAGGUCAGCGGAUCCGUUUCAAGAACAAGAAACUUCCUGUGAAAGAUGAAAAGUAGAACAACUAUUGGGAAGUGACUGCAGAUUUACCUGGAUGCCAGGGAUUCUUUCCCAUCCCAGUUACGAAAAAACCGGACAUUUUGAAACGGUGUGAAAGAAGGUAAGUUGUAAAUCUAGUCGAGUUAACGGUUCCUCAUGAAGAUAACAUGGACGCCGCUCGGGCUCGAAAGAUUGACCAUUAUGUAAACCUCAUCGAGGAAUGUGAAGACGCAGGCUGGAAAGCGGAGCAUUAUCCAAUCGAAGUUAAAUGUAGAGGGUUUGUUGGACACAGUGUGAGACGACUGUUGUUAUUGUUAGGCCUAACUCAUC